AUGAAACGAGUUUCUAAGACAUCGAUGCUUGAGACCUUGGAUGCUGUGAGGCAGCAACUGGUCACGUCCUACGAUGGCAUCGCCGAACUGUGUCACCAGCAUAAGGAAUGGCAGCGGUCUGUGGAAAACAUGAUCCGCCGCUUCGAGAAUGACGUUUCGCAGCCUGUGCUAAAGACUUUAGCAGAGGAAGAGCAACCUGCGCUAGAGGACGGCAGUGCAGGCAUUGCUGGUGACAGUGCAGAGAAUCCAGAUCAACCCCCUCCAAAUGCAGUCGGGGAAGAACGUGAUGCACCGAUAGAGAGCCGCGCUCGCGACUCCCGUCUAACACAGGACACUCAGAUCACCUUGGGAACCCUACAGUCGUCAAACCAGAUGAGUCCUGACCGCUCUCACAGAUACAAACGGGCCCAUUUGCACAGAGCUGGGCGGAUGUCUGCCAUACAUCCACUCUUGCAGUCGCGGAAGACAGUGCAGCAAUGUCCAGCUGGACCUUUGCGAAAGCUGCUUUCCGAUAUGCUAGCGAAGUCCGAGGACACACCAUCAGAACCAUUAUCUCAAAUCGAUCGAGCGAGACGAUGGGCAGCAUCUUUGGUGUCCUCGCCCCGAUUCGACUACAUUGCAGGAUUUGUUAUCCUUCUGAAUUUGGUGACCAUUGGCUUCGAAGCCGAACUGUCCCUGGAAGGCUCUGAGUAUGAGUCAGGUUUUUGGUUUGCUGGAGUUGAGCGAAUGUUUCUGAGUAUUUACAUCGCAGAAGCUGCAUUUCGCUUGUUUGCUCUUGGCCUACCUUUGCUGUACGACCGAUGGUUUAUUUUGGAUCUUGUUUUGAUUUGCACCGGCGCUGUGGCGCUAUUGAUUAUACCUUUGGCCUCCGAAGAACUGGCGGGCUUUGAGAAGGUGCUUGUGGCCCGCGGCUUGCGUCUCUUACGAUUGCUACGCGUCCUUCGGAUGGUCCACCAGUUCAAGAUCAUUUGGCGUUUGGUCUACGGCUUUCUCACAGCGUGGGAGACUAUUUUUGCAUCAGCUUUGCUGAUCAUCAUCUCCCUCUUCAUUUUCGCGUGUAUCGCAGUUGAGGCUUGGUUCCUUUCUUUCUCAAUUCGCAGGACAGACGUUUUCACGCGAGACAAACAGGACAUGGGGCGCCGUUCAUCAACCCUUUCACCACACACAAAACAUUCCCCCCGCAGAUUAUUACAAAGGAAUAAUUUGCUCGCCAAAGCCCAAAGAGUCAAAUAG